AUGGCCACAAUCAUCCGGACCUCUUGAUUAACAAACACAACUAACCGACAACGUGUUAUAGAAUCAAUACAAAGCAGGACGAUGCAUUUGGAAAAAAGACUAAUCCGGAAAACAUCAACUUUUUUGUUUGUUUUUUCGUGACGUCGUCUCGAUGCGCAUCAUAAUGACAUGACGUCAUAAACGUCGCGAACUAUUAUCGUUGUCAAUCGACAGAUAAACACACGCUCUUAUCGGCAAAAUCAAUUGCAAGGAUUCUAUUACUGAUCAAGAUGGAGAAAGCAGGGUUCGAGGGUCGGUUGCGUUCACUGUUGGUGGACUACUUGUCCUCCACAAACACACGGACAAUGACGCCUGUGAGGAAACACAUUCUGCAGCUGGUGAUGUUUCUGUAUGGAGAGGAGAAUUUUGAUCAACUUGGUAGAUUCUCUUACUCCAAGAACAAAGAAGUUGCUGAUCAACAAAGGAAGUACGUUUUGUUCGGCUUUCUCUUCAUGGAGGCGUUGAAGAAACACACGGUGACAGAGACGGACUUGACCACCCUCCAGAGAAUGUGGGGGCAGCAUAUCCUGUCCCUGGUUAACAACGAAAUGACAAAGACAGCUGAAAGAUACGAAAGGAUUCUUCAUAACAGCGAGGAGACAAUUUUUAACAUCAAACGAUUUCAGCGAAAUCUGGAAAGAACGAAAGCAAGCGAACCAAAUACAGAGAGCCUAUCCAUUGGUCACGUGACAAUGAUUAAAGUCUGUCCGUUUCGCUUUAGAAGACCCAGGUUAUUUGAGAGAAUUGCAAUGUCACUGAAGAAAAAGUUUGGCCGAGGAGAUUCGAAAGACUUUUUGAUGUUGAAGUUCCAUGGCAUUCAGUAAAUGUGGCGUUUUAGUCACUUGAUUAUAUGGAUCUCAGUUGUGGCGUUUUAGUCACGUGGCAAUUGGACUUUGUUUUUGUUGUGGUGCUUUUGUCACCUUUACCAUGUGGCGUUUUAGUCACUUAGGGGAGGGGUUGGGGUGUUGUGGCGUUUUAGUCACCAAUAAAGUCAUUUAAAAUAUCUGUUAAUUGUGUUUUCUUGCUUUUUCAAAGAUUAUUUUAUUUUCAAAUUUUAUGAAAAUUUAGAAGAAAAAUGCUUGCUUGGCAUACUUGUAUAUUCAAUAAAAUUACAGCUUAA